AUGAGUAAGGACGACGAGUAUGAUUAUCUUUUUAAAGUUGUCUUAAUUGGUGACUCUGGGGUUGGUAAAUCCAAUCUUCUUUCACGUUUCACUCGUAAUGAGUUUAAUUUGGAGUCCAAAUCUACUAUCGGUGUCGAAUUUGCAACCAGGAGUAUCCAAGUAGAUAAUAAAACUAUCAAAGCACAAAUUUGGGAUACUGCUGGUCAAGAGCGUUAUAGAGCUAUUACAAGCGCAUAUUACCGUGGUGCUGUUGGUGCUUUACUUGUUUAUGAUAUUGCCAAACAUGUAACAUAUGAAAAUGUCAACCGUUGGUUGAAAGAAUUAAGGGAUCAUGCUGACAGUAAUAUUGUCAUUAUGCUUGUCGGAAACAAGAGCGAUUUAAGACAUUUGAGAGCAGUUCCUACUGAAGAAGCCAAGCAAUUUGCCGCGGAAAACAAUUUGUCUUUCAUUGAAACCUCCGCCUUGGAUGCUAGCAACGUAGAACUUGCUUUUCAAAAUAUCCUAACAGAAAUAUACCGUAUUGUAUCUAAUAAGGCUUUGGAAAUUAACAGUGGUGAUGUUGCCAGACCGACUGCUGGAGAGACUAUCCAAGUUACUUUACCCGAUGACAACAGCAAGACAGCUGCAAGAU